CCCGAAUAGCUACAACUAGCUAAGAGCUCUUGACCCACCGCCCGGCUAGACAUCGCUUUUCCACCAUGAGCAUCAUCAUCGUCGAGUAAUCUACACCUGCGCGUGACGUAACUUUCUGCGCUGGAUGCUUUUCUGAGCGAUGGAUUCGUCCAUUCAGCGUUUGCUGAACGAUAAGCUCUAUGAUCGGAGGAAACAGGGAGCCUUGGAGUUAGAGAAAGUUGUUCGAGAUGCCGUUUUCAAAGGAGCACAUGAAAAUAUCCAAAAAAUUGUCGAGCAGCUAUGCCAUGACUACGCCUACGCAGUACAUCAACCUCAUGCGAGAAAUGGUGGCUUGAUCGGGUUGGCCGCAGCCUCCAUCGCGCUUGGAUCGGAAGGUGUUGCGCCAUACCUAAAAGAAAUUGUAAAACCAGUGCUAGCUUGCUUCACCGACCAAGAUGCGCGAGUCAGGUACUACGCUUGUGAGAGCAUGUAUAACAUUGCCAAAGUUGCUAAGGGGGAGAUUCUGUUGUUCUUUAAUGAAAUUUUCGAUGCGUUGAGUAAAUUGGCGUCCGAUUCGGAGCUUUCAGUCAAAAACGGCGCAGAACUCCUUGAUAGACUUGUUAAAGACAUCGUGUCUGAAUCCGCCGCAUCUUAUAUAUCGGUCUUGCAGCUUUCCGAGAAGCAAGAGACAGACCCGGAAGCUUUGGAAGACCCUGAUCUUCCAACGGCAUUUUCUCUUCCCAUGUUUAUACCGUUACUCAAAGAUCGAAUUGAUGUUAUCAGCCCAUUCACUCGGAUGUUCCUGGUAUCAUGGUUAACUUUGUUGGACACGAUACCUGAUCUUGAGCUUGUCUCAUACUUGCCAGAAUUUCUGGGGGGUCUGGUCAAAUUUCUCGGUGACCCUAAUAGAGACGUGAACGUUGCCACCCAAAACCUGCUAGAUAGGUUCCUGUCAGAAAUCAAGAGAAUCGCUCGUCUCAAGAAAGGCAUUGAAGAGAGUCGCAAGGGACAAGGAAGCGAGAAUAGACAAUCAACUACGAGUGACAGUAUUAGCACAACUACUGAUCAGACCGCUGCCGCCGAAACCGAGACUGAAACCGAAGAUGGUACCAAUGAUGUUGCUAUAGAAGAUUCUGAGGUGGGCUCUACAAUUGAGGAAGACGGCUUGCAUGCGGACGGAGAUUGGAUUCCAGGACAAGAUGUCCAAAUAGAUUACCCCAUGAUACUAGACAUCUUGGUGGGCUUCGUUGACACAUCUUAUGACUUACCGUCAGUAGAAGAAGAGAUGCAGUUGACAGCGCUGCGAUGGAUCGAUAGUUUCUUCGAAAUAAGCCCCGAAGACAUACUUCCAUUCGUUCCACGUCUUCUGACCCAAGUACUUCCAGCUAUGUCCAGUGGCUCAGACCAUGUGCGGCAGGCCGCAAACCGAGUCAAUACAUCAUUGCUAGAGUAUAUUGUGUCUCUAUCUGAAGACACGUUAUCGGAUGAGACACGACAGUCAUCAUCUUCGAGACUAACAUCUACACCUAACAAAGAGACUGAAAGGAGAGACUCUGCGCCAAACGCCAAACCCUCUGAUGUAUCAUCCACCGCCUCUAGGAAGCAAUCGGUGCAAGAGUCUACGCAAGAACCGACGCCUCGGAGCAGUGUCACGUCCACACCAGUGCCGCCUGCCGAUCUUGAUUAUGCUGCGGCUGUCAACUCGCUUACACUGCAGUUCUUGAACGAGAAUGAAGCUACAAGAGUAGCUGCCCUCUCUUGGUUGAUAAUGCUGCAUCGGAAGGCUCCUAAAAAGGUGGUGGCAUUCAACGAUGGAACAUUUCCUGCUCUGCUGAAGACACUGUCCGAUCCAGCGGAGGCAGUAGUGACGAAGGAUCUCCAGCUCUUAUCCCAGAUAUCGCGGAAUAGCGAAGAUAGCUAUUUCAAGUCGUUCAUGGUGAACCUCCUUCAACUG